CAAGCAAAACCGCUUCUUCGCAGGCGCCAGGCUCUGUAAUUCACCCACUCUUUCCAUUCAUUCAUUACACCAUUUCAUCCCUACCCUUAUUUUUCUAAAUAUAAGCAUAAUCCCAUCACCCCCAAUUCAAAACCCUAGAAAACCCUAAACUAGUACAAAACCUCAAUUAAUUAAUUUGAAAAAUCUUUUCUCCUCCUCCUUGAGUCCUGAAUUAUUCCAUGGCUGGGCCAGCGCAGGAGCAGGCGCUUCCUCUCCUCGCUUCGGCGAACAACCAUGGGGAUUUGGCUGUAAAGCUGUCGUCCUUGAAGCAAGUCAAGGACAUACUGCUAUCUGCAGAGCCUUCUCACGCCGCAGAGCUCUUUCCGUACUUGGUUGAGCUUCAGACUUCCCCAGAAAUGCUCGUGCGUAAAUACCUCCUCGAAGUAAUUGAUGAGAUUGGAGCUAAAAGUAUGGAGCAUUUAUCCAUGUUGUUGCCUAUCUUGUUGACGUUCUUAAAAGAUAAUAAUUUCAUGGUUGCAAAGCAAUCUAUUAUCACCGGCACAAAAAUCUUUUGUAGAGUUUUGGAGGACUUAUCAUUGCAGUUUCAACGGCGUGGUAUAGUUGAGAGGUGGCUUGAAGAGCUUUGGAUGUGGAUGGUCAAGUUCAAGGAUUCUGUUUUCAGCAUUAUCUUUGAGGCUGGUUCUGUUGGUCCAAAGUUGCUUGCAAUUAAGUUUCUGGAAACAUUCAUAUUACAAUUUACUUCGGAUACAAAUGAUUCUGAAAAAGUUGUACCAGAAGUUACUAUGAGGCAGGGAAGGGCAUUUAACAUCUCAAUGCUGGUUGAUCAUCAUCCUGUUCUGGAUCUACCUGCUCUUGUAUCAGAUGCAAAUAGAUAUUUUGGCACUUUACUGGAUUUGUUGCGAUCAGCUAGCAAUCUCCCUGGUUCAUUGACAAUUUCUGUUGUUAAUAGUCUCGCAAUGAUAGCAAGGAAAAGGCCUAUGUACUAUUCCUCCGUCCUCCCCGCACUACUCGAUCUUAAUGUGAACUUUGAGACAGUGAAGGCUCGACACACUAUCAGUAUUCAGUAUUCUAUAAGAACUGCAUUUUUAGGAUUUAUGAGGUGUACUCAUCCUAUCAUUGUGGAGUCGAGAGAGAGAUUGCUUAAGGCAUUGCGAGCCAUGAAUGCAGGAGAUGCUGCUGAUCAAGUCAUUAGACAAGUGGAUAAAAUUAUGAGAAGUAAUGAGCGUGCUUCGCGGGAUUCGCGGUUGAGCAAGGAUGACCAGCAAUCAGAUCAGCUGCCAAUUUUAGGAGAUCUUAUGAAGAAAAGGUCGGCUCCAAUGGAGAAUGAAGAUUCAAAUACUGCUAAUGAUGCAACUUGUAAAAGAUUACAUUAUGGUGGCCCUCAUGGUGUCACAGAUUCAAGAUUUGACGUGAAUGAUGCUGGGCAGGAUCACAUCAAUGGGAUAUCUCCUAAGCUUCCUUUGUUGGAUCGGGAUCUGACUCCUGUUGAACAAAUGAUAGCCAUGAUUGGUGCUUUAAUUGCAGAAGGAGAAAGGGGUGUUGAAUCUCUUGAAAUUCUUAUAUCCAACAUUCACCCAGAUUUACUUGCAGAUAUAGUCAUAACUAAUAUGAAGCAUUUGCCGAAGAAUCUGCCUCCCCUGGCAUCACUGGGUAACCUGCCAUUAAAUCGUCAAUGUGAUUCUUCAAGUCCAUCCCGGGGAGUGGCAUCAAAUGGUUCCAUUUCUAUGCAGACUUUGGAACUUGCAGCUCAAAUACCUGUAUCUUCAUCAAGCAUGACAAGCAUUCCAUCUUCUGACAUGCUAUGUUCCAGUAAUCUUCCUUCUGAUUCCAAGCGUGACCCACGAAGGGAUCCUCGUCGACUUGAUCCUAGGCGUGUGGUGGCACCUGUUGAAGUUCCACCACCAUCUGUUGUGGAAGAUAACACAAGUGCUAUCCAGGGUCAUGCUUUACAAUCUGAUUUUGAUGAUUCUAGUUCUUUCAGUCAAACCCCUGUGCUGCCACCACCUCUGCCUAGUUCUGAAAGCGUUUCAGUGUCUCCUGUUCCGAAAACUGCAACUGAUUUGAAUUUGUUAGAAUGUUCGGUAAAAUUAGAAGCUGGCCAAUCGACUCCCAAAGUGGAACUUCAGGAUAUGGAAGACACAGAGAUUAUAACAGAUAGUAAAGGAAAUGCUGCUUCGGAUAUUCCCCUGUCCACUCUCAGCAAAGUUGAGGACACUGUAGCACAAACAUCAUUGGAUGUCACAAUGCUUGAUGAGGCUUAUUCGCCAUCGUCACAAGAAAUGGAUGAUGAUCUGUCACCACCUAUUUCAAAUUUGGAGGUCUCUGAAGUUGUGUCUGAGCAGUUGGCCGUGCUUCCUCCUUAUGUGGAGCUGACCGUAGAUCAUCAAAGAACUGUGGUCAAACUGGCUCUUGAACGAAUAUUUGACUCAUACCAGAAUAUACAAGGAAUGGAUUUCAAGCAGACACAAUUGGCAUUAAAAUGUUUAAAUCCAAGAAUCUCAUUAUGCUCUCUUUUUCUUCUAUGCUAUAAUACUACAAAAUAUAAUCACAACUCGAAUGAAUCUGAAUCUGAUUCUGAACCUAAAUUUGAAUCUAGUACUGGGAUAUUCAUUACUUAG